AGCAGGGCCUUGUGGGUAGGCGGCGUGUGUAUGAGAGCGCGUUGCGGAGGCGGGGCCGAGUUCGAGAGCAGCGGGAGCCGGCGGACGGCGGCCUCUCUCACCGCGGCGUCCGACAUGGCAGAUCGAGAGCAGCUGGUGCAACGAGCCCGGCUGGCUGAGCAGGCUGAGCGCUACGAUGACAUGGCGGCGGCUAUGAAGUCGGUAACAGAGCUGAAUGAAGCGCUGUCUAAUGAAGAUCGCAACCUGCUCUCUGUGGCCUACAAGAAUGUGGUGGGAGCUCGUAGGUCUUCCUGGCGUGUUAUCAGCAGCAUCGAGCAGAAAACAUCUACUGAUGGUAAUGAGAAGAAGCUAGAGAUGGUGCGUGCUUAUCGGGAGAAGGUGGAGAAGGAGCUGGAGGUAGUGUGUAAUGAUGUAUUGGCGCUGCUUGACAAAUUCCUCAUUAAGAACUGCAGCGAGUCCCAGGUAGAGAGCAAAGUCUUUUACCUGAAAAUGAAGGGUGACUACUACCGCUACUUGGCUGAGGUGGCCACUGGUGAGAAGAGGGCCUGUGUAGUGGAGUUGUCCGAGGCUGCUUAUAAAGAGGCCUUUGAGGUCAGCAAGGAUCAGAUGCAGCCUACUCAUCCUAUCCGCUUGGGCUUAGCCCUCAACUUCUCUGUCUUCUACUAUGAAAUCCAGAAUGCCCCUGAGCAGGCUUGUCAGCUGGCCAAGGCAGCCUUUGACGAUGCCAUCGCUGAACUGGACACUCUAAAUGAGGGUUCCUACCAGGACUCAACACUCAUCAUGCAGUUACUACGGGACAACCUCACCCUCUGGACGACUGACCAGCAGGAUGAUGAAGCAGGAGAAGGCAACAACUGAUAGUCUUCCCCUUCUUUCCCCUUCCCACCUGCCCUUCCAUUUUCUCUCUCUUGCCUCACCCACCCACCAUAUGCGCUAUACACCAUAGUGCUGAUAUAUCUACUGUACACACUCCCCUAAAUCUGCUGUAUGCUCAUCAGAGAACAAUGAUAUCAAGUCUUUGGCUGUAUUGGUAUUUAAGCCCAUUUGCUGUAGUUUGCACUUAAGAAUCAUGCAGAAUGUUUGUGGAUCUAUUACAUUGACCACGAAUCAUUGACAUUUUUGUUUUUGGUCUUUUAAGAGGUCUGGUUUUAUUUCGGAACUAUCAGUCCCCAAGGUUAAAUGAUGUGUGGUGGUCUUAUCACUUUAAUCUAGAUCAGUGACCCAGUCAUCAUGAUGCCUCCCCUCAUGACCAAUCUCUCCUUGUGUGUGGAAAUGACAGUAUCCCAUUUUAACUCCCAACACCCUGUCAAGUUCCUGGAACUUGAGUGUAUUGUACUGUUUACAUUAAUCAGUGUCUUGUCAAAUUAUUCAGCCCCAAACCCUUUGUUCAUAUAAAUGAGUAUUGCAACCAGGGAUUUUGAUCAAUUUAGCUGGGAAUUUUUAUUUGUCAAUAACAUGCUCCUUCCUUUCAGAGUCCAAAAACCAGGGAAAUGCUAAAAAUUCAAAACAUGAAAAGGAUUUGUCCUCUUUUGCUCAUUACUUAGUUGAACCACCUCUCACAGCUGUUAUGGCCAGUAGUGUUUUUGGAUAAGUCUCCAUUAACUUUGCACAAUGUGAAGCAAGAUUUGCCUGUUCCUCCUUGCUGUGCUGUGUUGCUCAAGCUGUGCCAGGUUAAUUGGGGAGCAGUGGUGGACAGGUUAAGGUCAGGACUUUGAUCCAGUCAAGGACAUCACUUUUUAAACCACUCCAUGGUUGCCCUGGGUCACUAUCCUUUUGAAAGACUAACUUAAGUUUAUGGUUUCUAGCAGGUUUUUGAUCCAUGAUCUCUAUAUAUAGCAGCAUUCAUCCCAUCAAUCCUGACCAGAUUUUCAUUCCCUGCUGCUGAAAAGCAUCUCCAUAGUGUGAUGUUUCCUCCACUAUACAGUAGGGAUGGUGUUACCUGGUGAUAUGUAGUAUUAGAUUUACACAUGCACUGCUUAGUGUUGAGGCCAGAAAGUUAACCUUUCGUCUUAACCGACCACAAGUCCAUUUUCCACAUCUUUACAGUAUCUUCUAAGUGACACAUUGCAAAUUGGACAAUUUUUUGGGCCAGGGCUUUUCUUGCCACUCUUCUAUAAAUACUCUUUUCGUGUGAGGCCUUAGAGAUUGUGCAGCCAUGAACUUCAUCUCCAGUUGCAGCCACUGACUUCUGUAGCUCAUUCAGUGUGUGUUAGUAUCAAAGUAACCUCUUACUAGUACUAUUCUUUAGUGACUAAGUUUAAAGGGGUGGCCUGACCUAGGCAGUGUGGUUGUGGUUUCAUAUUUUUUUCCAGUUUCGCAAUGGGCUGCAUUGUGCUCAUUUACGUUCACUGAGAUAUUUGAGAUUGUUUUGCACUCUUCUCCAGAUUUGUGCUUCUCCAUUAUUUUUCCCUGAUUCAUCUUGAAUGCUUUUUUGUCUUCAUUUUGGUUUCACCUUUUGAAACUCUACUGUUGGACUUUAGAGAGGAUGUAUUUAUUCAUAAGAAUUCAUUGAAAACAGGUGAUCCUCUAAUUUUCUACAUCAACAAAUUGGCUGAGUUGGUAAGGUAAUAUAUUGCACUAAAGGGAAGUUAGUGUACUGAUUACAAAGGGGAUGAAUACUUUGGCAGCCUCAUAAUUUUAUUUUUCAAUUUCUGGUAAAUUGUUGACAGAUUUUGGAAUUUUUUUGAUUUGGCAAUGCAGUGUUUUGUAGAUGAGCUCAAAAAUCCAACAAUAUAUUUUAAAUUUAGAAAAUGAGACAGUAAAAUGUGAAUGAUUGUGGGAGCUGAAUACUUUUUCAAGUCACUAGGUUGCUCAUUUUAGCCAAUGAGUAUUUCAUCCUUGUGCUAAAUUUGUAUAAAGCUAGGACUGGCUUUUGUUGCUAAAUAUUUUUUGGCUGUUUUUAUUUAUGACAACUUCUGAUGUACACAGAUCUUGGGGAAUGCAUUGCAUCUGCUUAAAUAUUUUGAUACUUUUGUCACAUUUGUUUGUACCUAAUUAAAUCUUCUGUAAGACGUCAGCUUUGCUGAUCAGUUUUCAAGCUGGUUUCAUUAAGCUCAGAGGAUUGUCAAAAGCAUUGAGGGGAAAUAAAUAAUCUGAUGGAAUGCUGAACUUUAAUUCAAUGUUGAGUUAAACGGAUGUCAAUAAAUGCUGCCUCAGCUACAACCUGGA